GGGGGCUACGCGGAGAGGCUCGACCUGGCAGGGCCGGGGUCGGCGGUGCCAACCUGCGUUUGUAGUUGAGGCAGGUUGUCCACCACUGGGUCCGGGAAGAUGGUACUGGGUGGUUGCCCAGUGAGUUACUUACUUCUGUGCGGCCAGGCGGCUUUACUGCUGGGGAAUCUACUGCUGCUACAUUGUGUCUCUCGGAGCCACUCGCAAAAUGCUACCGCCGAGCCUGAGCUCACCUCCGCCGCCCACCCGGACGGCUCCACGGGUGCUCCGAGCUGGGAAUAUGGCGACCCCCACUCUCCAGUCAUCCUUUGCUCUUACCUACCUGAAGAAUUUAUAGAAUGUGAAGACCCAGUGGAUCAUGUUGGAAAUGCAACUGCAUCGCAAGAACUUGGUUAUGGUUGUCUCAAGUUCGGUGGACAGGCCUACAGUGAUGUGGAACACACUUCAGUCCAGUGCCGGGCAUUGGAUGGCAUUGAGUGCGCCAAUCCUAGGACCUUCCUACGAGAAAAUAAACCUUGUGUGAAGUAUACCGGACACUACUUCAUAACCACUUUACUCUACUCCUUCUUCCUGGGAUGCUUCGGAGUGGACCGUUUCUGUCUGGGACACACUGGCACAGCAGUAGGGAAGCUGUUGACUCUCGGAGGACUUGGGAUUUGGUGGUUUGUUGACCUCAUUUUGCUCAUUACUGGAGGGUUGAUGCCAAGUGAUGGCAGCAACUGGUGUACAGUUUACUAAAAAGAGCUGCUGUCAGGGCCCAGGGAGGCAGGUGAAAGCUCUGUCUUCUGAAUUCUUCUCUGCAGGCUCAAAACUCUUUGAUAUCAGACACGACCAUUACUUUCCCUGUUUGGAGGGAACCGGUUUGGUUAAGAAGGCUUCUUUGGACUUUGGAUUCUCGACCCAGAGUUCACCUUGCAGACUAGAAAUGACAAGCAAAAUAUGUGUUGUACCUUUCCUCAUGUACAAAACAUAAAGGAUAGCGACUAACUCAUAAGCUGUGGAAGGGUUUCCAUAGUCUUUAUUUGUGUACAUUGCUGUAUCUUCAGUCCCUUGAAGCAAGUGGACCUAACAGGAUGAGUAAAGUGAAAUUUUUAUCCACGAGCCUUUCGUGAUCCUGAGUCUUCAUGCAAAGGAGACCUGAAGCUGAGCCAAUGAAAAUCUUCAGCAGAAAUAGAAAUGGCCGUGGAUUUUAAUACACACUGAAAUUCCAACUUUCCAAAUUUAAAUUGCACAAUAAACUUUGCCAACCUGGA